CCGGAGUAACCGAGCAGCCCGUGAGGAGCUGCGGGGGAAACCCCGGACCCGCAGCCCAGAAGCAGAGCUCGCGACGUUACAGAGCCGCCAUUUUGUUUCACCGGGAGGAAAGAAACCAGCCUGAAAAACACCGGCGUGAUUAUUUUCCUUUACUUUAAGCCCCUUCAACACGGCGGAUCAGCAUCGUGCUCCACACUGUAGACUCGCAUGAUGUCUGGAGACAUGGCCACAGAUCAUGUGAACGGGAACGGGACGGAGACGGAGGAACCGAUGGACACGACCGCGGCCGUGACCCGCUCUGAACAUUACCCGGCGCUCCUGGAAGCCGGAUUACUUGAAAAAGUUGCUGAGAAACUAGACGAACUUUACGUAGCAGGCCUUGUAGCACACAGCGACCUCGACGAACGAGCCAUCGACGCUUUGAAAGAGUUCAGCGAGGAUGGAGCUCUGCAGGUGCUGCUCCAGUUCAAAGAGAGCGAUCUGUCACACGUGCAAAACAAAAGUGCCUUUCUGUGCGGGGUUAUGAAGACGUACAGGCAGAGGGAGAAACAAGGGACGAAGGUGUCAGACCCCACCAAAGGACCAGACGAGGCCAAAAUCAAAGAGCUCCUGGACAGAACCAACUACACACUCGACGUUACAACGGGGCAGCGGAAGUAUGGAGGGCCCCCUCCUGAGGAAGUGUACACAGGAGUUCAACCCACAGUGGGAACCGAGAUCUUUGUCGGGAAGAUCCCCCGCGACCUGUUCGAAGACGAGCUGGUUCCUCUCUUUGAGAAGGCUGGACCUAUCUGGGACCUGCGGUUAAUGAUGGAUCCGCUGAGCGGCCUGAACCGGGGCUACGCCUUCGUCACGUUCUGCACGAAAGAGGCGGCUCAGGAGGCGGUGAAACUGUGUAAUAAUCAUGAGAUUCGCCCCGGUAAGCACAUCGGGGUGUGUAUAUCCGUCGCCAACAACCGGCUAUUCGUUGGUUCCAUCCCCAAGAGUAAAACAAAGGAGCAGAUUGUUGAAGAGUUCGCUAAAGUUACAGAGGGCCUCAGCGACGUCAUCCUCUACCACCAACCGGACGACAAAAAGAAGAACCGAGGCUUCUGCUUUCUGGAGUACGAAGACCACAAAACAGCCGCACAGGCUCGCCGCCGGCUAAUGAGCGGCAAGGUGAAGGUGUGGGGCAACGUGGUGACGGUGGAGUGGGCAGACCCCAUCGAGGACCCCGAUCCUGAGGUCAUGGCCAAGGUGAAGGUUUUAUUCGUCAGGAACCUCGCUAACAGCGUCACAGAGGAGAUCCUGGAGACGGCGUUCAGUGAGUUUGGGAAACUUGAGCGGGUGAAGAAGCUCAAAGACUACGCCUUCAUUCACUUUGAGGAGCGGGACGGUGCAGUGAAGGCGUUGGAUGAAAUGAACGGGAAGGACCUGGAGGGAGAGCCCAUUGAGAUUGUUUUCGCCAAGCCGCCGGAUCAGAAGAGGAAAGAGCGCAAAGCACAGAGACACGCCGCCAAGACGCACAUGUACGACGAUUAUUACUACUACCCUCCUCCCUCCCACAUGCCGCCUCCCGCCAGAGGCCGGGGCCGAGGUGGCAACAGGGGCGGUUACUCCUACCCCCCUGACUACUACGGUUACGAGGACUACUAUGACUACUACGGCUAUGACUAUCACAACUACCGCGGCGGCUACGACGACCCCUACUACGGGUACGACGACUUCCAGGCCCCGGGACGAGGGCGGGGCGGCAGCAGGGGUCCCAGAGGUGGAGGCUCUCCGGCCAGGGGACGCAGCAGCGCCGGGGCACCCAGGGGACGGGCCAACUUCUCCCAGCGUGGCGGACCGGGACCAGGCCGUGGAGGAGGGCGGGGCGUGAGAGGAUCCAUGCCGCCGCGAGGGCGAGGAGGGGUACGUGGUGCUCGGGGUGGCCGCGGUGGAAAUGUAGGAGGAAAGCGCAAAGCUGAUGGGUACAACCAGCCAGAUUCCAAGCGUCGCCAGACCAAUAAUCAGAACUGGGGCUCUCAACCCAUUGCUCAGCAACCGCUCCAAGGUGGUGAUCAUUCUGGUAACUAUUCCGGUUACAAAUCCGACAACCAGGAAUUUUAUCAGGAUUCUUUUGGGCAACAGUGGAAGUAAACCAGUAGGGCUUUGAUAAUACGUGUUUUAUUGUUUUUGUUUUUGUCUUUUUAUUUAGAGACUUGAUCUGAUUGGCCCUCAAUCCCAUACGGUUGCCUGCGUUUUUUUCCUCCAAAUUUGGGUGACAUCUGGCAAGAUAUCUUUUUGUACAUAUUUUAAUAAUCCGCUUGGACUCAAACCGUAGUCACACUCCCACCUGUCUCUGGCGAACUGCUCUUCUUUUUAUCCCUUUUUGUUUUUUUAAAAGAUGGUCGUUUUAAAAGAUUUUCCAUAACAAAGUUUGAAAGAAAUUUUAGAUGCAAUUAUGUGCUCGAGCUGUCUAUUUGGCAUUAGCUUUAUGUAUGUUUUUAGAGAUUCUGGUUUCCAUGUUUUAAGUAGCUAACAGCAACAAAGCAUAUGUCUCCUAAACAUGUAUUUAAAACAAAUGAAAUACAAUUUGUAUUGUCACAGAGUAAUGCGUGUCUUGUUAUUGAAAAGAGAAAAAAAGGACCGUCGUAGUCCUAUUUUUUGGCUUUACAUUUUGGCUUGUAUUCUUUGCUGUUUGUCUGCUUUAAUAAACAUACACGCACACGUGUACAAAACUUCAAA